AUGAGGGGAGUAGUUGUGUGUGGUGGGGUGUGCGUCAGGUGGGGCCGAGCGUCAGCUGAUAAAAUACGGUAUUGCAUGAAUUUGCGCGCGACAGCAGGCACAAGGCACAAGGCUGAUCAUAACUUGCUAGCAUCAACGUGGAGUUCUAGGAAAAGUCUGAUACACUAUAGGACGAGGCUCUUUAGUUAUGGUUGCUUGAAGUCGAAGUACACUUGUAUUUUCCGGCACGGUGGAUUUUCCGCCCUGCAGGGGGGUGGGGGGCAUGUGAAGAUCCUCCUGGAACUGGAUUAUUUGUUGCUAAAGGAGGGGCAACUACGGGCCAGCAAUAGCUCUGGGCCGCAGCCUGUGACUAGAGUAUGGAGAGCUCCGUUACUUAGGGAUGCUGCGGCGCUCGCUUGGGUGCGCCGCUCGCAUAUGAAAUACGUCAAAGAGCUCUGGGGUUACUAUAUACUGUACGAAAAAGGAGCUAGUCCUAAUGAUUUCUGUACUAGAAAUGCGACAUUAGUAGAUGCGGCAAGCUGCUGCUUCCUGCUGCGGUUUGGCCAAGGCCUGCACCAAGGCCCGCAGGAUGGUCGAUGA